AUGGUGUUCAUUGAAAUUUGGACUUACCGAAUGCUUUUAAAGGAGCUGAAGAAAGAAUACUUGACUAAUAACCCUCGAAUAUACGGCAGUCAACAACAUCCGUAUACCUCUUAUUCACAGCAAUUUCUUGGCUCUAUUGGAGAAAGAGAAGAUAGGGAAAGAACAGGAAUUGGAAUUGGAAUUGGUGUUCUACGACCAAAUUUUGCUUAUCCAUCAUCUGCGACUAAUCAGCAUAAACCUGAACAAAAUAUUACCGGUAACGGCGAAGUUCUCUCGCACUGGGCAGCUCUCAAGAUGAUAAUGGCCGAACGAGCAGCCCAAUGUUUAGCCAAACUUGGUUUAGACACUGCGACAUCUACAACUACUGCUAAUACAAAUAUUUUACAUCCGCAGACAAAUCAACCCCAAAAUACUACUACUACAACAGAUUCGGCUGUUAUAAUUUCUACAACACCAAAUGAUUUGGUAACAACGUCUGGACAUCAUCGAAGAUCUCGUAGUUUACGUGAACGUACAGGUGUUGAUCAACGUUUAGAGCGGUUACCUAGUGGACCGAUAACUUUACAAAAAUUUACACCACAUACAGUCAUUCCAGGAAGUAAUAUUGAAAAAAGUAGACCGGUACUUAUUCAUAAUUUCGCUGAACAUGUACGACUGAUGUCAGCUGAUUCAGAUUUUCGAUUUUCCGAAGAAUACGAAGAUUUGAAAUUGGUAGGACAUGGACAAACAUGUAUAGCAGCUGAUUUAACAGUGAAUCGUGCAAAAAAUCGUUUCACGAACAUAUUGCCAUACGACCAUUCUCGUGUAAAGCUUAUACCAACUGAUGAUGACGAUGGCUCAGAUUAUGUUAAUGCAUCUUAUAUUCCUGGAUUCAAUUCACGUCGCGAAUUCAUCGCAGCACAGGGACCUCUUCCUUCGACACGUGAUCAUUUUUGGCGAGUUGUUUGGGAACAACAUUGUCCGGCAAUAGUUGCUCUAACAAAAUGUGUUGAAAAAGGACGUGAUAAAUGUCAUCAAUAUUGGCCUGAUAACGAUCAGCUCAGCGUUCUUUACGCUGACAUUGAGGUGACGUUAAUGAACGAAAAGGUAUACGAAGAGUUCACAGUUCGUGAACUUAGGUUAACAAACAUGAGUGAAUCAGCGGCUCCUCCUCGGACAGUAAAACAUUUGCAUUAUAUGGCAUGGCCUGAUUUUGGCGUUCCUGAAUGUGCUGCUGGCUUAGUGCAUUUUGUUCGUCUUUUUCGGACUCGACUACCACCUUCACCUAACAAUAAACCAACCAUUGUGCAUUGCAGCGCUGGUGUUGGUCGAAGUGGUACAUUCAUAGCGCUGGACCGCCUGAUACAAUGCGUUGCAAAAACUUUGCCACUCGAUGUUUUUGGCAUUGUUUAUGAGAUGAGACUUGAUCGUUGUCAUAUGGUGCAAAAUGAGCAACAGUAUAUAUUCAUUCAUCAUUGCCUGUUAUAUGUUCUGGAGGCAGAAUAUGAAACGGCUACAAAUUUGAUAGGCAACAAUUUAUCGCAAGUUGGAAGUGAGGAAGAGUCUGUGACUUCGACUUUUCUCAGGGAUAAUGUUAUCGGCUUCCCAAAUAGUUUCAUCAGUAACGAUGUUGGAAACAAGUUGGGUGUAGGAAUCACAGGCGGAGAUGUCCAAAUAAUAAGCAAUAAUGGAGGUACCACAUUUAUUGGAACUUCACCACAACAUCAACCCAAUACUACAUGGAUUACCACCCCGCGCGUCGAAGUGCAUUUAAAUCCAGCUUUCGAUGAUGAUGAAGGUAUUGCUGAAUCUGGCCUAUGA